AUGGACCGCAUGCUGGCUUUCUUCCUCUGUCCAGUUGUGUUUGUUACCGCUGUGAUUGCCCAAGAGCACAAUGUCUGUGUCAGGCCUGAGCUGAGUCCCACCUUUGAGAUGGCUGGACUCCAGAGGUACUUUAACCCCGGCGCAGAGCUGUCGCUGUCCUGUAAACAGGGAUACUCUCCAGUCUCAGGUCCUCGCAAGAUCGUCUGUGGCGCCAGUGGAGAAUGGACCAAAACCAGAUUGAUGUGCAUACCAAAGCGAUGUCCCAAUCCAGAGCCACUGUCCAACGGAGAAAUGUACUACGAGGAUACUGUGUACCAGAGUAUCAUCAACUUUACCUGCAGUGAAGGGUAUGUAUUGACUGGAUCCAGUUUUGCUGUCUGUCAAGCCAAUGGGACGUGGAGCACAUCCGUCCCAGAAUGCACACCUGUGACCUGUGGUCUUGCCCCAAUCCCACAGUUUGGAAUGAUCGUUUAUGACACGAUGGUCAGAGGAAACACCACCGAUUACGGCGUCACCGGCACAUACAAGUGUCUUCCUCCAUACGUUCUCAUCGGAGACCCGAGAGCAGAGUGCACCGCCGACGGCACCUGGACGAAGACGCCUGCGUGUCGAGUUGUGACCUGCCCACAGCCGGAGAGCAUUGCAAGAGGCUACAUGUCAAACAGCGAUCCGAGGCAGUAUGACUACAUGGAGACUGUCAAAUAUGGCUGCGUGGGAGAUUAUGUUCUGGAAGGAAGUAUCGAGAUUGUUUGCCGGCAGGAUGGGACUUGGUCAGAAAAGCCGUCAUGCAUGGCUCCUUGCAAGGUUGGCAUAAAGAGGGGAAGGAUAUUAUACAAGGGGCAAAAAAUCUGGAUUGAAGACUUUAAGCCCAACAAAAUCCUCCACAAAGAGAUCGUCUCCGUUUACUGCAAAAACGUUGCCAGCAACUGUGGGUAUGCUAUAUCAACCCAGUGCAUCAAUGGAAGACUCCUCGUCCCUGAAUGCUAUCAAGAACCCAGCGGCACUGACUAUAACCUCUAUUCCAGCUCACUUCCUUCAGAAAUCAGACAGUGCUGAAGCAGCCACAGAUCCCAUCUAUCGUGACGUUUAAGCACUGCAUGCAUGGAGCAGUUUUUGGUGUAUUAUUUGAUUAGAAUACAAAAAAUAAAAACAAUAUAACUCAAGGUGAUUUUUUUUUUUUUUUUUGUAUAUACAAAUGCUGUUGUCUAAUGUUCAAUUCAGAGUCUCAGACAGUCAGUCUGAGAAUUUUACUAAAAUGUUGAAACCACUUAAAGACAUAUAAUACUCUGUUAUUUGGAAAUUGAUUUUAAUGUUUAUUUGGUCAUUUUCUCUUGACGCGAAGUCACCCAUAUUGGACCAGAUUGGAUGGGCCAACUUUGGCACGUGAACCAUAUGUUUGCCACCACUGAUGUUUAGUGGCUUAUC